AUGACUCCUCCUCCUCAAGGAGAUCUAGGCAAGCAUGAUGUGUUCGUGAGUUUUAGAGGAGCAGACACCCGUUAUAACUUUGUCAGCGUUCUUCAUCGUGAACUGGUGGAUAGAAAUGGGAUUGAGACAUACAUUGAUAAUAGACUUGGUGGAGGAGAAGAGAUCGAGGCAGCCCUCUUGAAAAAGAUCGAAGAAUCGCUGAUUUCACUAGUCAUUUUCUCCAAAAACUAUGCAGACUCUACUUUCUGUUUGAGGGAACUCGCAAAGAUUCUGGAGUGCAAGGAAACGAAAGGCCAGAUUGUUAUACCGGUGUUCUACCAAGUUGAUCCGACUGACAUCCAGGAGCUGCGAGGGAGCUAUGCUGAUGGACUUGCUCAGCGUGAAGGAGAAUGCAAUGCUGAAGAGGUGGAAGGUUGGAGACAUGCAUUGAAAGAGAUAGCCAAUCUUAAGGGCUGGGAUUCCAACGUCAUUAAGCAUGAUACCAUGCUAGUAGACACAAUUGUUGAUGACAUUCAAAAGAAGCUACAUCAGAUGCCCUCAUUGGUUUCACCCUCAACCGAUGCAAAACGCUUGGGAACUGAAACAGUUCAAGCCAUAUCCCUAGACAUGUCGAAAAUUCAAGAGAUGAAGUUGAGUCCUAGAGUCUUCAAACAGAUGUGCAAUCUUAGAUUGGUUGAAUUCUACUUUCCUGAAAUGGGUGAUUAUGAAAUCUCUAGACGAGAAAGCGAAUUACUUUUUCCUAAAGGCCUUGAAUUUCUUUCGAAAAGGCUAAGAAUUCUUCGUUGGGAUUGUUGCCCUUUAGAAUCUAUGCCAUCAAAGUUUUGUCCAACAAAUCUAGUUCAACUCCAAAUGCGGAAUAGCAGUAAUCUUGAACUUUGGAAUGAAGUUUCGCCUCUUAUGAAUUUGAAGCAGUUGGAAGUCACUGGGUCCAGCAAGCUGACCACAAUUAAUGAAGUCUUGUCUAAAGCCCCUAAUCUUGAGAUUCUAAAUCUAGCUGGCUGUGAAGAACUCAGAAUUCUAGACUUGUCUGCAGUCCCAAAUAUUGUGGUUCUAGAUCUGAGUUCCUGUAUAAGUUUGGAUAAGGUUCCCACCUCAAUCAAAAAUUGCACGAAGCUUACUAGACUCUAUCUUAGAUAUUGUGAUAGUCUUCGUACUUUGUGCGCAGAAAUUGGGCAUCUCUUUCAACUUGUUGAAUUAGAUAUACAUGUUUGUAGCAAUCUUGAGAGUCUACCAAGCAGUAUUGGACAGUUGAAAUGUCUCAAAAAGCUUAAUCUUAAUGGUUGCUCAAAGCUAGCAAUGGUUCCCGACAGCAUUGGCUCUUUGGUUUCAUUGAGAAAGCUGGAUUUAUCGUACACAAAUAUCGAUAGAGUACCUGUAAGCAUUAAACAACUUUCUGACCUGAAGACACUUUACUUGGUUUACUGUGAAAGGCUUCGGUGUUUACCAGAGCUUCCAUCAAGUCUACAGAGCUUACAUGCAAAGGGAUGCAGCUCUCUAGAAUCAGUAGCAAGCAUAUUCACAGAAGCUGAGAAUGAUGACUAUGAAGUUGAUUCCGAGGAUUUCGAUUUUACUAAUUGCUUGAAUUUGUGUGAGGACGCUCGGUUAACAAUUAUAGCUGGUGCCAAGUUGAGAAUUCAACGCAUGGCAACAUCUCUAUCCAAACAGGAAUAUUCUGGUGAGCCAAUUGGAUUUAGAUUGAGCGUCCCAGGAGAUAGAGUCCCAAAAUGGUUCAGCUAUAAAAGCAAAGCAGGAUCUUCAUCAGUAAAAAUCAAACCGCAUUGCUACAGUGCCACUGAUCAGGAGUUAUUAGGUUUUGCUUUUUGCAGCGUCGAGCCUCGCUGGACUGUAGAUAUUGGAUGUGAAUGUGAAUGUCAUUUGAUAACUGAAUCUGGAACCCGAGAGCUUCGUUUCUCCUACGAUCGACGUGGUAAAUUGGCAAUGGAGAUGUUAGCAACUUCAUGGCCGAUCAAGUGGGACUAUGGCAAGGAUGAUGGGAGAAAGGGCCGGAAAGGAGAGAAGGGAUCAGCAAGGGGCCUAGCAAACCCUCCUAAAACAUUAGUCAAGGAAGAAUGA